AUGAAAAAUAAUUAUUCAAAUCUGUUAGAAGAAAAUACCAAAUUAAAACAGAACAUUGUAGAAUUGGAAAUGACACUUUCAGAAUUAAUUCGUUAAGAUUCUCUAAUUGAGAAAUGGACUGUGAUGAAAAAUUUUGUACUUGUUUCUACAGAAGUUGAAAGAUUAUCAAAAGCUUAUGUUGCUUUAGAAAAGCAAUAUUAAUAAUUAUAGAAUACUAAAGAAUCAAAUAAUAAUGAUUCUAAAAUUAAGUUAUUUAUAACAUAAUUAGAAGAGUUAAAUUAAAUUAUGAUAACACAAUAGAAAAGAAUUGAAGAGUUGAAUAAGAACAAUCAUUUAUAAUAAUAAUUGGUUGAUGAAACUAAUUAAAAAAUGGAAGUAAUAUAAGAAAUGAAUAAGCAAUUAAAAAAUAAUGAAUCAAAUAUACAAUUAGAGAAAUAGAGUUUGUAGAAAUAAUUAUUGGAAUCUAAUAAUGAAUUGAAUAAUGUAAUGUAAACAUUAAAAGAAUGUGAAGACAUGUUUAAAAAUACAUUAACUAAAUAAGAAACAGUAAUUGAGAAUUUAUCACAAUAAAAUAGUUUUUUAAAUAAUGAAAACCUAAAGAAAGAUAAAACAAUAGAAUAAUUAAUGAAGAAGAAUAAAGAUUUGAUUCAAGAUGUAGAAAGAAUAGAUAAAAAAUAUAUUGAAUAAUCAAUUUAAAUGAAGAAAGUUUCUAAAAUGUUUGAAUCACUAGAAUAAGAAUACAAAAACUAUUAGUAAUAAUAAUAAGGUAAUCAAUCAGAAGUAUUAAUAAUUCAAUAUCUUAGUUCUACACAUUAAGUAAAAGAUUAGAGCAUAAAAAUGAAAUAUUAGUUGAAAUUGAGAAUAGAUUCGACAAAUUAAGUAUUGUGGCUAAAACUUAAGAGACUCAAUUAAAAGAAAAUGAACUCAAAAUUAAAUAAAUGAGACAAUAUAUUAUGGAAUAAUAAGUACUUUUGGAUGAGUUAAAAAAUACAAGUAAAACUAAUAAAUAGGAUAAUGAAAAUGAAAUUAAAGAAUUGAAUUUAUAAGUUAAGAGACUUUAAGAGAAGUUAAAUGAAAUUACUCAGGAAUCAGAUCAUAAUAAUAAUUUGAAAGAUAAAUUUCAAUAGUAGAAUGAAUUGAAAGACAAAGAAAUUGAUAAAUAAAAUAAAUUAAUUGAACAAAUGAAAAAUGAAUAAAAAUCAUUAUAAAAAGUUGUUUAAGAUUUGCAUCAAACUCUAAACAUCUAAAAAGAGCUAUAUUAGAAAGCAUAGGCUGAUUAAAAUAAUUUGAGAGAAUAACUACAAGCCUUAAAGGAAAAUAAUUAGACUUUGGAUUUACUUAAUGUAGAGGAUUAAUGUUUAUCUUUGAAAAAUGAAUGUUAGUAAUUAAGAAAUGAGGCUUAAUAUUACAAAUAUUAAAAUUAUCAAUAUGUAUCAUAGAUUGAAGAACUGAGACAAACAAAAACUUAUCUGAGUAAUUUAUUGAUGGAUAGAAAGUAUUAUUGA